AUGUUGUUAUCUGGCGUUGAUCCAACGUUGUUAUCUGACGUUACUCCAACAUCUGUUUCAACGUUGAAAGAACGUAAUUUAAUUGCCCGCUGGGUUACACUGGUUACAUCAACACUCUGCUGGCCUGUUGUAAAGAGUACAAAGUCCGGGAGUGUCACUCACUGUAUAUGAUAGCUUUUAUGGACCGGGACCAACAGAAAAGGGUUAUACUGUGGUGUACGCCAAGAAGCUGCUCUUCAGCUUUUACACGGGCUAUUUUGAACAAGGGGAAAGUUGAGUUUCUAAACGAGAAAUAUUUCAAGAGCUUCUACUUCAGCAAGGACCGUGUUAGUGACCGAUAUGAUGGCAAAGGGGGCCAGUUCAGCGCCCAAACAAGACAGGGGCUGACGUAUAAAGAGGCAAAAUCAUGUUAUGAGCAGAGAUAUGAAGGAGCCGAACUAGUGUUCGGGAAAGAGAUGGCAGUGUAUUUGGUGGACAGACUCCAAUCACUUGACUACGUCCCAAGGGGCUAUCAGCACACCUUUCUCAUUCGAAACCCUGCCAAAUCUGUGCCUUCUUUAUAUAACUGUCUCACGGAUGAACGGAAUGCAACUAAAGAAUUCGACACACUGGAAGCAAGCUAUAAACCUUUGCAUCAACUUUUUCACCUUAUUCGAGAGGAAAGUGGCAGAGUGCCAGUACUCAUUGAUGCAGAUGAUCUGUUACAAAAUCCAGAUGCCAUCAUCCGACAAUACUGCAGAAGAACAGGAUUAACCUUUCACAAAGAGAUGCUAGAGUGGGACUCAGGUGCUGUGCCAGAUAAAACACAUUGGCAUCGGUGGCCAGGGUGGUAUGACACCCUUCUGAAGAGCUCAGGGUUUAAGAAACAAGAAGAAAUAGGCCACACCAUGGUAAAGGAACUGCCACAGGACAUACAAAAAUGUAUCGAAACCAAUAUGCCUUAUUAUGAACAUCUACUUAAAUUCCGACUUAUGCCAGAGGUGAAUGAUGUUACGGAUGAAUAA